AUGCCGAAUAUCAGCUGGACCCCGAGCGCUCGGCAACUUGCUGGCUGGUAUCGGCCCUCCUCCAAGCGAUCCUACAUUUGCAGUCUGUCCCUCUCAACCGGAGCCGGCGAGAUACUCCGGAAGAAGGCCUUGGAAACAGGAAAUGUCGAGAUUCUGUUUCACGAAGAAUUUCAACGGCUAGAACAGCGGGACGGGACUGUCACGUACUGGACGAAGAACCACUCUCUUGGGAUAGAAACCAAACGGGUCUAUCAGUAUCUGAUUGGCGCCGAUGGUAGACGCAGCUCAGUGCGCAAAUGUCUCGGUAUCCGUCUUGAAGGAUACACCUUCGAGUCACUACAGUUUUUCGCCGUCAACUUUCUGUAUGGCCUGCGUGCAGCUAGCGGAUGGAAAGCAGCAAACUUCAUCGCGGACCCUGUCGCCUGGGGCACUGUCAUCAAUCGAGGCAAAUGGACGAGCUGGCGAUUCGCAACCGGAACCACCAAGACAGUCCCUAAGACGUCCGCGUCACUAGACGGAGCUACUAUCCAGCUGGUAAAAGACAGAUUGUCACGCAUUCUCCCCGGGGACACGAGUAAGAUUCACUGUGCAAGCCAGUUCCAAAAAGGUGAUGUCUUCUUAGCCGGUGACGCUGCCACUCCAGACGUCCUGACAAAUUAUGCCAAUACGCGGCGGCGGAUUUUCCUCGAGCGAACCAAUCCAGCAAGCACUGAUAACUGGCUGAGGCUUUUGUCGCAGGAUCCGGAGUAUAUGAAGGAGAGGGAAGAUAUCUUUGCGGGACUGAAGGAUCCCCACGAUGUCAUCACUAAAAGACAGAUUGGGCUGCCGGAUUUCUGCCUGACUACCACAUCAGACAAGUAUUUCGACACGCAUGGCGAAGUGACAUGGUUCAUUUCAGCCACCCGGAUUCCAAACUGGACUCGAGAAGAGUUUGAGCACGAAUACAAGAAUGUCCACGCCAAGAUGACUCGUGUGGUCGCCGAAAAGGCCCCGGUAAUCCGCAGUCUGUUUAUCAUUCACGCUGGCUUCCAGGACCCAGACUACCGAGAACACGCGGACAAGCAUAUUUUCUGUAGAUUGGACCAGGAAGGCUGCAUCAUGGCACAGGUGGAGAAGAUCCUGAAGAGACCGUUUGCAGAUCCAGUCCAGUGCCUUUUUUCGCCAGCAUGGUUCGCCGAACGUUCGGCCAAGCUCGAGAGACUGUCAUCUGAAAGAACGAUUUACACAUAUAUACUAUGUCGUGAUGUGACACCGAGAACCACAAACUUCUUUCACGGCACGCAGUUCUCUGGAGGAUACUGGCUUCGAUACAAGGCACUCGAAACAUUUGGGUUUGAAGAUACGGUCAGCGCUUGUUCGUUUUUCGAGCAGUGCAGCAGUGUUAUUUUUGGCGAUAGUGCGGAUACGACUCAGCUAGUGAUUGGAUUGUCAGACUGGGUCAUCUAA